AUGGCAGCGGACAAGCCGAUCAACUUUGCGGAGCAUGUCCAGCUCAAGGACCUGGGCAUCGCUCCGGAGAGCAUCACGUUUGCAAAUGUCACGCUCGAGUCCGAGAAGUUUGUGUGCGUGCGCGAGAGCGGCGCGUCGGGCAACUCGGUGACGAUCGUGGACCUGAACAAUAUCAACAAUGUUAUCCGGCGGCCAAUGAGUGCAGACUCGGCGAUCAUGAACCCCGAGGAAAAGAUCCUGGCGCUCAAGUCGCAGCGCCAGCUCCAGAUCUUUAACCUGGAUACCAAGACCAAGGUCAAGUCGCACGCGAUGCACCAGGACGUGAUCUUUUGGCGGUGGAUCUCGCCGUCGGUCCUGGGCAUUGUCACCGACACGGCCGUGUACCACUGGAGCAUCGAGGGCGAGUCGGGGCCCCAAAAGAUGUUUGACCGCCAUGCGUCGCUCGCCGAGACGCAGAUCAUCAACUACCGCUCGAGCGACGACGAAAAGUGGAUGGUGCUCAUCGGCAUCUCGUCGAACACGGGCGACGCGCCGAACGCGUUCAAGAUCAAGGGCUCCAUGCAGCUGUACAACCGCGAGCGCGGCGUCUCGCAGCCGAUCGAAGGCCACGCCGCGUCCUUUGCGGAGCUCAAGACGCAAGACGCAGCGGUGCCGUACAAGCUGUUCACCUUUGCUGUGCGCACGGCCACCGGCGCCAAGCUGCACAUUGUCGAGAUCGACCACGCGCAGGAGAACCCAGUGUUCACCAAGAAGGCCGUCGACGUCUUCUUCCCGGCCGAGGCCGCCAACGACUUCCCAGUCGCGAUGCAGGUCAGCCGCCGCUACGGCAUCGUGUACCUCGUGACCAAGUACGGCUUCAUCCACCUGUACGACCUCGAGAGCGGCGCGUGCAUCUACAUGAACCGCGUCUCGGGCGAGACGGUGUUUGUCGCGGCCGAGCACAAGGGCACGAACGGCAUCAUCGCCGUCAACCGCAAGGGCCAGGUGCUGUCGGUGAGCGUCGACGAGAACACCAUCAUUCCGUACAUCCUCGGCACGCUGAACAACACCGAUCUCGCGUUCAAGCUCGCGUCGCGUGGCGGUCUGCCCGGCGCCGACGAGCUGUACCUGCAGCAGUUCCACUCGCUCUUUUCGCAGGGCCAGUACAACGAUGCGAUCCGCGUCGCGGCCAACUCGCCGCGCGGCAUCCUGCGCACGCCCCAGACGAUCGAGCAGCUGAAGCAGGUCCCGGCGCAGCCCGGCACGCUCUCGCCGAUCCUGCAGUACUUUGGCGUGCUGCUCGAGUCGGGCACGCUCAACCAGUACGAGUCGCUGGAGCUCGCCAAGCCCGUGCUCGUGCAGGGCCGCAAGCACCUCCUCGAAAAGUGGCUCAAGGAGGACAAGAUCGAGUGCAGCGAGGAGCUCGGUGACAUUGUGCGCCAGCACGACAUGAACCUCGCGCUGGGCGUGUACCUCCGCGCCAACGUCCCGAACAAGGUCGUGGCGUGCUUUGCCGAGACCGGCCAGUACAACAAGAUUGUGCUGUACGCCAAAAAGGUCGGCUACUCGCCGGACUACACCACGCUCCUGCGCCACGUCGUGCGCAUCAACCCCGAGCAGGGCGCCGAGUUCGCCUCGAGCCUCGUUACCGACGCGGACGGGCCGCUGGUCGACGUCGAGCGCGUCGCCGACAUCUUCCUGAGCCAAAACAUGGUGCAGCAGGCGACCUCGUUCUUGCUCGACGCCCUCAAGGACAACAAGCCCGAGCAGGGCGCGCUGCAGACGCGUCUCCUCGAGAUCAACCUGCUCAACGCCCCGCAGGUCGCCGACGCGAUCCUCGGCAACGAGAUGUUUACGCACUACGACCGCCCGCGCAUCGCGAACCUCGCGGAGAAGGCGGGCCUCAUGCAGCGUGCGCUCGAGCACUACGACGACCUCGCCGACAUUAAGCGCGUCGUGGUGCACUCGAACCUCUUUAACAACGAGUGGCUCGUCGACUACUUUGGCCGCCUCACCGUCGAGCAGUCGCUCGAGUCGCUGCGCGAGAUGCUCAAGGUCAACAUCCGCCAGAACCUGCAGGUGGUCGUCCAGAUCGCGACCAAGUACUCGGACCUGCUCGGCGCGCCGAAGCUCAUCGAGAUGUUUGAGUCGUUCCGCUCGUUCGAGGGCCUGUACUACUACCUCGGCUCGGUGGUCAACCUGAGCACGGACCCCGAGGUGCACUUCAAGUACAUCCAGGCGGCGACGCGCACGGGCCAGAUCCGCGAAGUUGAGCGUAUCGUGCGCGAGUCCGACUCGUACAACCCCGAGAAGGUGAAGAACUUUUUGAAGGAGGCCAAGCUCACGGAUCAGCUGCCGCUGAUUAUCGUGUGCGACCGCUUCAACUACGUGCACGACCUGGUGCUCUACCUGUACCAGAACAUGCUCAUCAACUUUAUCGAGGUGUACGUGCAAAAGGUCAACUCGACGCGCACGCCGCAGGUCAUUGGUGGUCUGCUGGACGUGGACUGCGACGAGGGUGUGAUUAAGGACAUGCUGGCCUCGGUCACCGGCCCCAUCCCCGUCGACGAGCUCGUGGACGAGGUGGAGAAGCGCAACCGCCUCAAGCUCAUCCUCCCGUGGCUCAAGUCGCAGGUGGACGCGGGCCACGAGGACCAGGCGCUGUACAACGCCAUGGCCAAGAUCAACAUCGACUCGAACAACAACCCCGAGGCGUUCCUGAAGGAAAACAACCUGUACGACCCGCUCGUUGUCGGCAAGUACUGCGAGAAGCGCGACCCGUACCUCGCGUACAUCGCCUACGCCAAGGGCUUCUGUGAUGAGGAGCUGGUCGCGAUCACGAACGACAACUCGAUGUACAAGCACCAGGCGCGCUACCUCGUGCUGCGCCGCGAGCCCGAACUCUGGGCCAAGGUGCUGCAGGAGGACAAUGUGCACCGCCGCUCGCUCAUCGACCAGGUCACGGCGGUGGCCGUGCCCGAGUCGACGAACCCCGACGACGUCUCGGCGACGGUCAAGGCGUUCAUGGCCGCCGAUCUGCCGCACGAGCUGAUCAAGGUGCUCGAGCCGAUCGUGCUCGAAAAGUCGGCGUUCAGCGACAACCGCAGCCUGCAGAACCUGCUCAUGCUCACGGCCAUCCGCACGGACAAGAGCAAGGUGAUGAACUACAUCGACCGCCUCUCGGGCUACGACAUCGACGAGAUCGCCAAGAUUGCGCUCGACCACGGCCUGCACGAGGAGGCCUUCCACAUCUACGCCAAGGCUAAGCAGCACCUCGACGCGAUGAACACGCUCGUCGACCACAUCGUGUCGAUCGACCGUGCGCACCAAUUCGCCACGAAGCUGAACCAGCCCGAGCUCUGGUCGCGUCUCGGUAAGGCGCAGCUCGACGGCCUGCGUGUCAAGGACGCGAUCGACUCGUACGUCCGCGCCGAGGAUCCCUCCAACUUUGAGGAGGUGAUCGAGAUCGCGGAGCGUUCCGGCCGCGAGGAGGAGCUCAUCCGCUACCUGCAGAUGGCCCGCAAGAAGGCGCGCGAGCCCAAGAUCGACACCGAGUACGCCUACUGCCUCGCCAAGGCCAACCGCCUGGCGGACAUGGAAGAGUUCCUGAGCAUGACCAACGUGGCAGACAUUCUCAACGUCGGCGAAAAGUGCUUCCGCGACGGUCUGUACGAGGCCGCGCGCAUGCUCUUCUCGAGCGUGUCGAACUAUGCGCGCCUCGCGACGACGUACGUGUACCUCGGCGACUACCAGUCGGCGAUCGAGGCUGCGCGCAAGGCGGGCAACACCUCGGUGUGGAAGCAGAUGCACGCUGCUUGCCUGAACAAGGGCGAGUUUAAGCUUGCGCAGAUCGCCGGUCUGGCCGUCAUCCCCCACGCGGAGGACCUGCCUACGCUGAUCCGCGCGUACGAGGUGAAGGGCUACUUUGACGAGCUGCUCCAGCUCCUCGAGUCGGCGCUCGGUCUGGAGCGCGCGCACAUGGGUGUCUUUACGCAGACCGGUGUCGUGCUCGCCAAGUACCGCCCCGAGCGCCUGAUGGAGCACCUGAAGCUGUACUGGUCGCGCUCCAACCUGCCGCAGCUGAUCAAGGCCACCGCGAACGAGCACCUGUGGCGCGAGCUCGUCUUCCUCUACGUCAAGUACGAUGAGUUUGACAACGCCGCGCUCACGAUCAUGGAGCACUGCUCGGACGCGUGGGACCACGACCAGUUCAAGUCGGUCCUGCCGCAGGUGGCGAACGUCGAGAUCUACUACCGUGCGCUGACGUUCUACCUGGAGCAGCACCCUCUGCUGCUCAACGACCUGCUCACCGUGCUGAGCAAGCGUAUCGACCACGGCCGUGUGGUGCGCAUGUUCAAGAAGCGCGACCACGACAAUGUGCCGCUCAUCCGCUCCUACCUCAUCUCGGUGCAGCACCUGAACGUGGAGGCGGUGAACGACGCGUACAACGACCUGCUGAUCGAGGAGGAGGACUACGAGACGCUGCGUGCGUCGAUCGACGCGUUUGACAACUUUGAUGCGCUGUCGCUCGCGUCGCGCCUCGAGCGCCACGAGCUGCUCGAGUUCCGCCGCCUCGCCGCGCACCUCUACCGCAAGAAUGGCAAGUUUGACGACAGCAUCUCGCUGAGCAAGUCGGAUGCGCUCUUCCGCGACGCGAUCGAGACGGCGGCGCACUCGGACGAGCCGCAGGUCGCCGAGGACCUCUUGUCGUACUUUGUCGACACCGGCAACAAGGAGUGCUACGCGGCGAUGCUCUACGCGUGCUACGACCUCCUUCCGCCGGACGUCGUGAUGGAGGUGUCGUGGCGCCACGCGCUCGCCGACUUCACCAAGCCCUACGACAUCCAGCAGGCGCACGACACGCGCACCAAGCUGCGUGCGCUCGAGAAGCAGGUCAAGGAGCUCUCGGCGAAGGACUCGGCAAAGGAGAAGGAGGAGGAGGACGCGCCGAUCCUCGGCCCGGGCGCCUUUGCCAACCGGCUGCUCACCGGUCCGGGCGACGCAGGCAUCGCGCCGCAGGCUACGGGUCUCUUUGCAUAG